AUGUUUCGACGCAGUAUUUCUGCUCCUUUAUGUAGAGCUGUUAAAACUUUUUUCCCCCGGCAGCAAGUACGUCAUCUUGAUGAUGAAUUUGCCUACCAGAAAUCCACCUUAAACUUAUUAAGCAAGGAAGAAGAUGCUGAGCUCUUGAUUGAAGCAUACAGUCCCCUGGGAUUCCGUUUCAACAAUAACAUUCAUGUCUUUGGGCCAUGUGCUGUUUUUCCUCGUUCAUUACUUCACUGGAAUGUAACCUCAUCUGCUGAUAUUAAUGAAAAUUCAUUGUCUUUGUUUUGUCUACUUGAACCCAAACUUGAUCUCCUCAUUCUAGGCAUUGGCAGUUCCACUUCUAAUAUUGAUUUAUCAAUUAUACAGUACCUCCGCUCUAAGCAUAUCAGUGUGGAAAUUUUGCCGACUGAACAUGCCUGUUCCACGUUCAACUUCCUGAAUUCUGAACAUCGCUGCAUGGCUGCAGGACUGAUUCCUCCCGAAUAUCAAGAAGGAUUAGGCCAAAUGUCGGCCUCAGCAGACGUCAAUGUGAACAGAGCUAUGAUGGGAUUUAAGUCAGGAAUUUUGGAAACUCCUCAGGAUACGGAAGAAGAGAAAAGACUCCAUGAGGAAAUGUAUGGGUCGAAUAAUGAGAAACUUUGGAAACAGUGGUACACAAAUAAAAGGCAGCAGAUUAUAGAUGAGAGUGAUAAAUAUGAUCCAAACGAAUAUCUCAAAAAAAAAUCACCUUCAGAUCCAGACAAAGAAAAAUAA